AUGAAACUAAAGACAAUUUUCUCGGUUCUUAUUUGGUUUUUGGCCAGUGCGGUUUUGUGCAACAGUCAACUUACCGAUUUUUUUCGAAGUUUUCGCGGAUUGUUUGGUGGCGAACAGAAUACCAUUGAAGAUGAAAAAACUAUAUAUGACGAGUAUGAUUUUGUUGUUAUUGGAGCAGGUUCCGGUGGAUCCGUUGUAGCCAAUCGUCUCACUGAAAACCCCUCUUGGUCGGUUCUCCUUCUCGAAGCAGGCAAAGAUGAGAUCUUCCUCACCGACGUACCGCUCACAGCCUCUCUACUCUCCAUCACCGGCUACAAUUGGGGCUACAAAAGCCAAAAACUGUCCACAGCUUGUUUGGGGCUAGUGGACCAGAGGUGCAAUUUGGCCAGAGGCAAGGGACUAGGAGGCACUAGCCUCAUUAACUUUUUGUUGUACACCAGAGGAAACAGGAAAGAUUUUGAUUUGUGGGCGGAAAUGGGUAAUGAUGGUUGGAGCUAUAAAGAAAUUUUUCAAUACUUUGUGAAAUCAGAAAAUUGCUCCUCAUGUGAAAAUAUAGAUGAAGAUUAUCACGGAAAAUCUGGAUAUUUGAACGUAGAACAUCCAGGAUAUGAAAGCCCUUUUGUGAAGUUAUUUAUAAAAGCUGGACAAGAUAUGGGAUAUAGACACAAUGAUCCAAAUGGAAUGUAUGGACUGGGAUUUUCUAGAGCCCAAGCCACAAUGAAUCGCGGUCGUCGUUGUAGCGCCUCAAAAGCAUUUCUUCGUCCAGUUGCACACAGACAGAACCUGCACAUUUCCGUUCAAACCAGGGCAACCAAAAUUUUGAUUAAUCCCGAGACUAAAGAAGCAAAUGGAGUAGAAUUUUACAAAAAUAAAAUCAAAUAUGUUGUAAAAGUGAGGAAAGAAGUAAUUCUGAGUGCUGGUACCAUAAACAGUGCGCAACUAUUGAUGUUAAGUGGCGUAGGCCCUGGCGAACAUUUAGAAAGUAAAGGAAUUCAAGUUUUGUCAGAUUUGCGUGUGGGUUAUAAUUUUCAAGAUCAUAUGGCAAUGUCCACGAUACCCUUUCUUGUAAAUGAAAGUGUAACAGUUUCUGAUAUAAGUGUUCAAAAUCCUCAAGAUAUUUAUAAUUUUCUAACAAGAGGAAAAGGUCCGUAUACGAUACCUGGAGGUGCAGAGGCAUUGGCUUUUAUAAAAUCGAAAUAUACUAGAGAAAAAGAUGACGAUUAUCCUGAUGUGGAAUUGGUAUUGGGAGCUGGUGGGUUGAAUGGGGAUGUUUUUGGUGGAUUCAGGACACUCUUAGGAAUUCCUGAAAGCACAUCACGAAAAGUAUACGCGCCAUUACUUGGCAAGCCGUCAUUCAGUAUAGCUACAGUGAUUUUGAGGCCACAAAGUAGAGGAAGGGUUUAUUUGAAAGAUGCGAAUCCGUUUCAUUGGCCGAUCAUUGAGCCGAACUAUUUUGCAGAAGAGCGCGAUGUGGAUACUAUGGUUGAUGGAAUUAAAACUGCAAUCUCAAUAGCUCAUUCUGACCACUUCAAGCGCUACGACACCAAAAUCAGCUCACUCCCGUUUCCAAAUUGUGAACAUCUGCCAUUUGGCUCAGAUGACUACUGGAAAUGUUCAGUGCGUCAAGUGAGUACGACUCUAGGACAUCACGUAGGCACUUGUAAAAUGGGUCCAAGAAGUGAUCCAACUGCGGUUGUUGAUAACGAAUUGAAAGUCUACGGAAUUAAAAAUUUAAGAGUGGUUGACGGAUCGAUAAUGCCUAAUGUCGUUGCUGGUCAUACUAAUGCUGUAGUUUAUAUGAUUGGGGAGAAGGCUAGUGACAUGAUUAAAAAUACUUGGAGAGGAAAGUAGAAAUAUAAUUUUUUUUAGUGGCUCAAACGUUCUAGUCGUAUCUUUAACUUAGUAUUAAUUUCAGACAAUACAUUGCCAAUUAUUUUAUAUUAAAUGACAAAAAAGUAGGUACCUAUGUGUUGUUUUUGACUAAAUUAAGAAAAGAAGAUUUUAGUAAAUACUUUAGUAUAAGCGAAGUGUUUUCUCUAAAUACAUGUAAGACGUUUAAAUAUAAUGAAAUUCAACUUUUAAGUAGUUUUUCCAUUUAUUCAUUUUAUAAGUAAUGGAGUUCCAUUAGGUAAAGGCCUUCAAUACAUGUAUAAUUCAAAAUUAAUUUGGAUUGUCCUAUCGUCAAGUAUAUCGUUGCUCCUUACAGUUUAAUAGUUUCAACGACCUUACACCUUAAACUUAUAAUUAUUAUAUUCGAAUUACAUAUUAGGUAAUAUUUUCG